AUGGUUGAAGAAAAAGAGAGACUGCCCCGCGAGGUGGUUGCCAUGCGGGUGGCCAAGGAGUUGCCCGAUGGUGGCUUCGUUAACCUGGGCAUCGGCAUUCCCACCCUGGUUUCCAACUUCAUUCCCGAUGGCAGCGUGGUUUUCUAUCACAGUGAGAGCGGUGUACUAAACUGCGGGCCCCUGGCUGAAGAUGAAGAAGAGCAGGAUAUAGACCUCAUAAACGCGGGGGGGCAAUUCUUGCAAAAGGUGCCCGGCAUGGCCUUUUUCAGCACCGUUGACGGAUUCGCUAUGAUUCGCGGCGGCCACGUGGACGUCACCGUGCUGGGGGCACACCAGGUUUCUGCCACCGGAGACCUGGCCAACUGGAUGCUGCCCGAACGGGGUGUAGGCAACAUUGGCGGGGCGAUGGACCUGGCCGCUGGAGCCAAGCAGGUCAUAGUAGCGAUGGAGCAUACCGACCGGCAGGAUAACGCGAAGGUGGUGCAGGAAUGCACCUAUCCUAUCACCGGAAAGGAUUGCGUCUCUUUGAUAGUAACUGACCUGGCAGUUAUGAAGCCGACACCCGAGGGCUUGGUACUGAUUGAGGUCGCGCCCGGGUGGACCGCUGAAGAAGUUCAGGGCCUAACGGAUGCUCAGUUGAUCAUCUCACCCGAUAUGAAAGAGUACGAGCUUUAG